UAGUAACUUUGUAACUAAAAUAUCACUUUUUUUAGCAGACUCAGAAGUGGAUUACUAAAAUAAGAAAACCAAUGUCGAACAAAGGUUCAAUGUUCACAAAAAACAAAAAAGGAACAAUGAUUCACAACACGUGUCAGGACAAUUUAAUUAACAAAUCAAACUGUAACCAAAUCAAACCCUAGAAUGGAAGAGAAUGCCCUUGAGUUGAGUUGCGGACUUGUGAGCAUUGUUUGUAGGGUUAAGGGAUCCCCUUACAGUUAACUAACACCCCCUUUUCAACCCAAGUCACUACUCUCCCCGCCUAUCCCAACUAACCCAUAAAGAAUUACACAACAAGAAAUGUGGACAGCUCGAACGCCACGAGUAUACUGAAGCUGACGCUACGACGAGCGUCUUAUAUCGCAAAUCUCUCUUGCCAACCAAUCACUACCCCUCUCUAACUCCCCACUCUUUACGGAAACAAUUCGCGCCACCUAGCUUCGGCACGAGCCAACAUAAGAUCGAGCGACGUCAUAUUCGUCUCAGACUACUAUUUCCUACACUAUGGAUUUUUUUUCAAUGACAAGUUAUGGCAAGUUAGCAUAAAAUAGUUAGCACACAUCAUACGGUGUUAUGUGACGUGCAAUCUUAUGGAAAGCGUCCAAAGAAUCCUUUAUAUAUUUUCUCAAAAAAACUGUAAAAGUAAACGCAGGCGUCCACAGAUCCGCAUUUUCCGUUUCGGACGCAUCACAUUAAACGGUUUUUUAAAUUUGCGGUAGAUUCGUAUGAUCCGUACGUAGCGGAUACGUGGACGCACUUGUAUGACUAUAUAUACAAAGAAUACUACGUUCCGUUUGAUGCAAUGCGUCCGCUACGAUGCGAAUUUAUGGACACCUACCAUAAGGCUGGAUUGGCAAGGCCCUCGUGACAGUACGUACAGUCAAGUAAAUAAUCCAUUUACUACAAUGGUUUCCGAAAUUGACUCAAUCGGGAAUCAUUUCCGGACCAUCACGCUUUGCUCUUUCAUCUUAUGUGGUUCCUUUAAUAAUAGGCUCAUUGACCUGUUAGCAGAUAAACACAGACACUAUAAAGAGCUCACACAAUCAACUUUCAAACAUCGCAAACGUUACAAUUGCAUUAUUGUACCGUUAUCAGCUCAUGGUCGAUAUAGUAGCAAAAUAAUCACCCUGUGUAAAUAGUAAUUAGUUGAAUUGUUAAAAUAAUGAUAAAAUGCUAUAUACAGCGUGCUCUGUUUCAAUCGUGACGCAAUAUCAUAUUGUGAUAAUUGCGUAUAUAGAAAAUUAAUUAUAAAUUUUACGCUACAUUCAUGUUAUUUGUGUCGUGUCUGUGUGAAAUUGUAGUGAAUGCAAUUAUUAUUUUCAAUUAAUUGAAUAUUUGUGACUGUGACGUAUUGUUGUGUUUCGUAUCUACAUUUUCGGCGCUAAUGAACUGGUUUAUAAUAUUCAUUGUUUUCGGUUUAACCGACUGCCUUAAUGGAGGUUCAACCCGUAUUACGUAUUCGAGUUGAACCUCCAUCAUGGCAGUAUGAAAAUCAAAAUCAAAUUUAUUGGACUUUACAAGUGACUGGCACCAGUCAUUCUCUGUCAACUUGGUAAAAUAAUACCUUAGGGAUAUCGAUUUAAGUUAAAAUUUAAAGCUCAAAAAUUAGGCUACAAAAAAGGAAAUUUAAGAUAAUUGCGCGCUGGAUGGGGUGUAAGUUAUUUAGCACAACGGCAUAAAAUUUCGAAUUCAUACAAGAAAGUUAAGUUGCUUGACGUUCGUUGUUAACGAUUCGCACUUGUGAAUUUAUAACAACACUCAAAAAAUAUCUCUAAAAUACAAAGAAUAAAAAAUACAACGUUAUACCUAAUGAAAUCUGAUAUUAUAUUAUGUUUAUACAAAUAUAUACUCUUAAAAAAAAGUCAACCACUAGAUAGUUAAUACAAAAAUCUUAUUUGUGUAUAAACAUUUAUUACAAAGAUAAAUGAUCGACUCCGCACCGAAUAGAUAAAUUGAAGUAACAGCUUAGUUUAUCAUUAACAACCACGCGGAUAACUAUUAAAUUAUGUCAGAAGCAAAGAAAUCGAUCCCAGAAGAAGAACCGUUAGAUGAAAAACCAAAAAUAGAAAACGAGGAAUCGGACAACAGAAACUUUUUUCGGAAACUAUGGGACAUGAAAUCAAAUAUCACCGUGGAGCCAAUACUCGCCGGGCUUAUCAUUCCAUCUAUGCUAGCAAGGAUAGCAAUUCAGAAUCUCAAUUUGGAUAAAGCGUGUCGUGUCAAAUUAAACUAUAACGACAGUAUAUGCGAUGCACUGAUUCUUAGACAAGGAAACCUCACAUUCUACGAAGGCGAGGUCCAAAAAGUGAUAUCGGCUAUAGAAACAUGGAAGAGCGUCAUACAAACGGCCGUACCGACUUUGUUUGUAAUAUUUAUGGGUGCAUGGAGUGAUCGUACGGGAAACAGAAAGCUAUGCAUUCUUUUACCGAUAGUUGGAGAGUGUUUGGUCUGUAUUAGCAAUAUUCUCAGUACGGUGUUCUUCUACCAAAUCUCCGUUGAAGUUACCAUGUUUUUGGAAGCUCUCUUCCCAGCUAUUACCGGUGGAUGGGUUUUGGUUUAUUUAGGUGUUUUCAGCUAUAUAGGUGAUAUUACUGAUGAGAAGUCUAGAACAUUCCGCGUUGGUCUGGUUAAUUUAUGCUUGACAGCUGGAAUACCUAUCGGUACAGCAUUAAGUGGGAUACUGUUGACUUUGUGGGGUUACUAUGGUAUCUUCUCACUGUCGCUGCUCAUCUAUCUGAUAACCUUCACGUACGGAUACGUUUGCUUGAAAACUAAAACUAAACCUGGUAUAGAGGGCGAAAAGUCAAAACCCGUCGUCCUUUCUGACUUAGUAUCCAUGAUAAGAGAGACAGUAGGCUUGGCUUUUAAGAAAAGGGAUGGAAAUAUUAGAAAGAAAAUAAUUCUAACACUAUUUGUAGUUGCUAUCAUAUACGGACCAAAUCAUGGUGAGAGGAUAAUCACAUACAUGUUUGUGAGAUAUCGACUUAAAUGGGAUGCUUUGAAAUACAGUAUCUACUCCACUUAUAGUAUUAUAACGCAUUCCCUAGGUGCGUUAUUUUCCAUCAGCGUGUUCAGCAAACACUGGGGUUUCCACGACUCCAUGCUGUGUCUCAUCUCCAUCACCAGCAAACUGAUCGGGUCACUGUACAUCGCCUUCGUGUAUACGGACUUGCAAAUGUUUAUGGUGCCGAUAAUUGAGAUUCUAAACGCGACCACUUUCACAUCCCUGAGGUCGAUGGCUUCUAAGUUAGUCCUCGCUGAAGAAAUGGGAAAAAUGAACUCUUUAUUCAGUCUAGUGGAGACGCUAGCGGCGCUGGUGUUCGAUCCCACGUACUCCGCGCUGUAUGCCCGGACUAUACCCGUGUUCACCGGGGCCGUCUUCAUAUUCAGCGCGAGCAUGACUGUACCGGCUAUCACCGUUUUGGCGUGGCUGUUCCUGCGACACCGGCGGGAGACUCAACUUCGCAAGCGGGAGGUGAUAAAGGAAUAACUCUUGCAAAGAAACUUUUACGGUGUUUUCUUUUCUUUUCUUUUGUAAGUAGAUUUAAUAAAAUAUUGUU